AGCACGCCGACAGUUCCACGCUGGCUGUGGAUCGAAGAGGACUGCGCGAGGAGCUCAAGACAAACAUAACUCAUAGACGAGCAGAAUAAUAAGGCAUUAUCGCUGCGAUCCGGAGGCAUAGUUCAUGGAAAGUAGCGGACACCUCCCUCAGACGUGCUUUCCUUCUCCAAGUAUUCCCUGAUUUCGUCCUUAUUUUAUUGUUUUGUUGCUGCGAACAGACCGUCUCCCAGAUGUUAGUCCAUACUUAUUCAUCCACGGACCGCCACGAUGGAGUUCCGAGUCACAGCUCCAGGCUGUCCCAGCUGGGCUCAGUGUCGCAGGGACCCUACUCGAGCGCCCCGCCGCUUUCUCACACCCCGUCCUCGGACUUCCAGCCGCCCUACUUUCCGCCGCCCUAUCAGCCGCUUCCCUACCACCAGAGCCAGGAUCCGUAUUCCCACGUGAACGACCCGUACUCCCUGAACCCCCUGCAUCAACCGCAGCAACACCCCUGGGGGCAGAGACAGCGACAGGAGGUUGGGAGUGAGACGGGCUCUUUGCUGCCCCAGCCGCGGGCCUCUUUGCCCCAGCUCUCUGGACUCGACCCCAGGCGGGACUAUGCCUCCGUGCGACGGCCAGACGUGCUGCUUCAUUCGGCUCACCACGGGCUCGAGUCUGGAAUGGGAGACAGCCUGUCACUGCACGGCCUUGCCCACGGAAUGGAGGACGUGCAGGCCGUUGAAGACGCAAACAGUGGGAUGAAUGUACUGGACCAGUCGGUGAUUAAAAAAGUUCCAGUGCCGCACAAGAGCGUCGCGUCUCUCAUGAUGAGCAAGGACGGCCUGAUUGGGGGCAUCACCGUGAACGCGAACGAGGUGUUCUGCUCCGUACCUGGUCGCCUGUCGCUCCUCAGCUCCACGUCCAAAUACAAAGUGACAGUUGGGGAGGUUCAGAGGCGUCUGUCCCCACCGGAAUGCCUCAACGCCUCCCUGCUGGGGGGCGUUCUCAGGAGAGCGAAAUCUAAAAACGGUGGCAGAUCUCUGAGAGAAAAGCUUGAAAAAAUCGGGCUGAAUUUGCCCGCCGGAAGGCGCAAAGCCGCCAAUGUCACCUUACUGACGUCACUCGUGGAAGGUGAAGCCGUGCAUUUAGCCAGGGACUUCGGCUACAUCUGUGAAACUGAAUUUCCCACUAAAGCGGUCUCCGAGUACCUGAACAGACAGCACACAGACCCCAAUGAACUUCAUUCACGGAAAAACAUGCUGCUGGCAACAAAGCAACUCUGCAAGGAGUUCACCGACCUUCUGGCCCAGGACAGAACGCCCCUGGGCAACAGCAGACCCACACCCAUCCUAGAGCCGGGUAUCCAGAGCUGUCUGUCCCACUUCAGCUUCAUCACACACGGCUUUGGCUCGCCGGCCAUCUGCGCCGCCCUCACUGCCCUGCAGAACUACCUGACCGAGGCCCUCAAAGGACUGGACAAGAUGUUCUUGAACAACAACAGCGCAAGCCGACACACAUCAGGAGAAGGACCUGGCUCAAAAAGUGGAGAUAAAGAGGAAAAACACAGAAAAUGAAAAGAAAAAACACAU